GCCUGCUCUGCUCUGCACUGUCUUUUUUUGUGUGUGUGGUUCUAAUUUCUAAAGUUCCCCUUUUUCUUUUUUCCCAUCAUCAAAAGUAUAAAAUAAAAAAAUAAAAAAGAAGAAGAAGAAGAAGAAGAAAAAGUGAGAAAAUUUGCAGGAAAACGCCAUUUUUGUUUAUAAUUUCAUAAUAAUUUUACUGGAAAAAAAUAAUAUUUAAAACCCAAAUCCAUCAUUGCCCUUUUGAAAGCAAAGUCCACUUCUUUAUUUCACUCUUUUCUCUCUCUUAUCCUCUUCUUCUUCUUCAUCGUCUCUCAAGACUGGUUUUCUUGAAAGCUUUUUUCAGCUUUUUUUUGUUGUUCAAUUCCUGCCAUGGAUUCAUAUGAAGCAACGAGGAUAGUGUUUUCUAAGAUCCAAAAUUUAGACCCUGAAAAUGCUUCUAAAAUCAUAGGUUACCUUCUUCUUCAAGACCAUGGUGACAAAGAGAUGAUACGUUUAGCUUUUGGACCUGAAGCUUUAAUCCAUUCUUUGAUCUUUAAAGCUAAAACCCAUCUAGGUCUCCCCAUUUCUAACCCACCUUCGCCGUCUCCUCCUCCGCCGUUCUCUUACGCCGGUGUCGUUAAUGGGUGUGCCAAAUCUUUGCAUGGUGUUGCCGCCAACGACAAUGGUGGAUUCGUGGAUGAUUUUCAGUUUCAAGAACAUGUUUCGGAUUAUUUGACCGGCGGUAGUGGGGGAUACGCCGAUUCGACUUUACAUCGACGGAGUUUCUCGGUUCCGGGACUGUGUUUAACCGGUGAAGAUCUGAAACCUUGUUUGUAUUUUGCUCGAGGGUUUUGUAAGAACGGUAGUAAGUGUAAGUUUAUCCAUGGAGAUCACUGUGCUGAGAACGAGUUGGAACACUGCCAAGAGCUGCUCAGAUCGAAAUCUUUCCAACAAGCGGCGGCGACGGUGACGGCAUCACAGUUCAUGGCCGGUGGUGCUUCUUUGCCGUACAGAUCACCAUUGAUGAUAACAGAUGAGCUUCAUAAAUACGGUCGGUGCCGGGCCGAAGCAGCCGUGGGAGCUAAUUCAAACUCUAGGCAAAUUUAUUUAACAUUUCCAGCUGACAGUACUUUUAAAGAAGAAGAUGUUUCGAAUUAUUUCAGCAUUUAUGGACCUGUACAAGAUGUUAGAAUACCUUAUCAACAAAAAAGGAUGUUCGGUUUCGUUACGUUCGUGUAUCCCGAAACAGUGAAGCUCAUUUUAUCGAAAGGAAACCCGCAUUUCGUUUGUGAUUCUCGGGUUCUCGUUAAACCGUACAAGGAGAAAGGCAAAGUUCAUGAGAAGAAGCAACAACAAUUGGAGAGAGGAGAGUAUUCCGCCACUCCGGUUGAUUCCCGGGAACCAUUUGAUCUUCAACUCGGUACGAGAAUGUUUUAUAAUGCUCAAGAGAUGAUGUUACGAAGGAAACUCGAGGAGCAGGCCGAUUUACAACAGGCCAUCGAACUACAAGGAAGAAGGUUAAUGAAUUUGCAGCUUUUGGACCUCAAAAACCAACACCAUUCUUCGUUUCAUCACAGUUUGUCCACUGGUUCUCCCAUUCCUUCGCCUUUGUCCACUGGUUCUCCCAUUCCUUCGCCGACUGUUUCCCGUAUUCCCACCAAUCAGGCUCGUAUUUUCCCAGUUGAAGCAACCCUAGAAGAUAAUGGUGGUUUGAAAUCACCAGCUGCCGAUAAGCUGCUCGAGGAAGGUAAGCCAGUUUGUAACCAUAAAAGCGACAACGGCAUUACCGUUACCAAGGAGGAUAAGGCCAAUACCGAACAAAACGACUUCCCCGAAAGCUUGGAGCAUAUUCUCCCCGAUAACCUUUUCGCAUCACCUAAGAAGUCAACUGGCGAGUGCUUCACCGUCUUUACCGACGAGAAAAACCGUUCACCGGCCAACACCUCCGGCCUCAACGUGGCUUCUCUCAAAUCAUGUUUCCUACAGCUCCCCAGGUUUUCAUCAGGACAAGGAGCUUAAAGGAACUGAAACUCUCUUCUAACAAGUAGACAUGAAAACAUUGAGAAGAUCAUACAAAAGGAAUAGAAAAAAAAAGUCCUCUAGCUAGCUGUAUAGCCAAAAAACCAUACCCAAAAACUGCAGCAAUAUCAUCAUCAUGUGAUCAUUAUGAUCAUCAUCAUGAUGAAUACAUACUACUUACAAUGAAUUAAAGAUACAUAUAAAUGUAUAGGUAAAGGACAGUAGGUUCUUUUUCUCUGUGUAUGCUGGACCAUACAGUAAAAUUAGACCCAGUAAUAACUCUCUUUUUUUUAUUACCUGAUACUGUAAUAUUAUUUCAGUUUACCCUUUGCUCGAAAUUGUAAACAAUCCUAAUUUCGUGGUUUUUAGUAGUAUAGAA